AUCUGUGAAUGAUCACAGAGGUCACAUGGUACAAGGCUAUUCACAACAGCCUUGUACCAUGUGACAAGCUAUGACCAAUCACAGCUCACUCAGUAGUUCUCAAUGGCUGCAAGAGGGACCUCUGUGUGAUGUCCUGAUCAUGUGAUCACUGAUCGGCCAAUCAGUGAUCACAUGAAUAGUAAUAAGCAAGAUGUCACUUCUGAUAUCAUUGCUUACUACCAGGGGCGGACUGACCAUUUGGAUCACUUGGGCACUGCCCGAGGGCCCGGGGUCAGUAGGGGG